AUGUCAUCUCAGACAGAUACCUCAGGCCAGAGAGUAUUUCGCCCCCUCCCUCGUGUGGAUCGCACUCGAGAGCACACUGCCUCGGAGGCAUCUCAAGUAACGGUUGAGUCACUUGGGGAUUCAUUCGAUACCCUUGGAAUUGAUGAUACCAUAUCUGAAACUACUUACUACUCGGAGAGGGAGCGCCCCCCCACAUACUAUAGUACCUGGGCUACCGAUGUUCCUGUAUGUGCUUGGGUUCAUUUGGGGAAUGUGUUCUUAUCUGACAGCAUUGUUGACGUUCAGGAGGAUAGUCAAUUUUCAACAAGCAGGAGACCUGGAGCAGGGUACCCACAUCCUGACAUUGGUCAGUCGUUAACCGUUUUAAGUAAUGACCACGGAAACCAGAGCGGUAACACAGUUACUGGCAGUGCAGAUGCGACUGCGAUUACCAGCCUUGGAUACGUACCAACUGCUAAUUCCGAGCACGACCAACCAGGGAUUUAUACCAGCUUUGUACAUACCCCGACACAGGCAAUACCAAGGGAACGCGAAUCCAAUACUAUGAUUCUAAGCCCUGUUCGGAGACAGAACUAUGACACUGCUCCGAUAAACACAUCAUUGUCGUUGGGGCAGACUCCUUCUCGUUCAACACUAUCAUUUUCUCUAACAGGCUCCAAAUCUUAUACUAAGUACAUCAGCAAAAUGAACAAUAUGAAUAUUCCAUUAACCGGCAAGCCUUUGGCGUACAUGCAAUCCAAUAUAUUGGAUCAACAAGAUCACUUUCCCCUCUGGAUGCAGGCGCUAGCAACAAACUUGCAACCUGGAGACGUAGGAAUCUUCAAGGAAGAAGGAGCUUUCCAGAGCUUCUUCAAUAUAUCUCUCACAUGGCAGCAGAAUUGUGAACGUUUUGGUAAAGCACCUCCAAGUGGGUUUAAGCCAUUUGGGAACAUCACAGUGCACUCUUCAUUAUGCGGCCUUGGUUUCAUGAACCGCACUGAAGGAUUUGAAUCUUUUGACCGAACUUUCGAAACGUAUGGAUCUCACUCCAGGGCAAGAUUCGAAUUCCAGCUUAUCCCAAGCCAGUGUGACGAAGUUGAAGCAGCACUCAUUUUCCCCGAUCCUUUGGAUCAUUGCAAAGAAAACUAUGCCUCGGAUUUGUUCAAUGAACUCCGACAGGAAACAGGGGUUGAUUAUCUUAAGGCUCAGAUUGACAACUGGUAUGAACAUAUAUCCUCCAAGAUAUCGAAGGACGUCAAGAGUACCCAUCUCAUUCUUAUUGAGAGGACAUACACUGCAAUAGGACCAUGUGGCCAGGUGCUUUACCGAAGGCCCCGGAAUAAGAAGGCUAUCCAGCGUAGUAAUCCUAUCCAAGCAGUUUUUGAACCAAGGCUUCGAACCGAUGCUCAAGGCCAACAAUGGUACGAGUAUGAGUGGUCGGUGGUGGGGAAUGGUUCUGGGAAAGUAUGGCUCAGGGACAGGAGAUCUGGGGGUCAGGGUAUGGGUGGACCUGAAGAAAAAUACUGUAUUGGAAUCUCUGCACUCACUCUGACGAAAAAGAAGAAAUUAUUUUGA